CGAAUCCAAAUUCACGUCCGAAGAGCACUUCCAUAAGGACCUCCGUGGUUCAAUCGUCAAUGAUAAAAGUUUCAAAAGGUAUAUCCAUUAGCACAGCGACAAAGCUUACAGAGGAUAUCAAUCAGUCCCACCCUGAGAAUGCUGGGUCGUCGAGUUCGAGCUCAAGAACCAAGAAUGUCUCCCAAAAGCCCUCCGUGGUUCCUUCGUCAUUGACCAAGGUUGUCAAAGCUCCUCAUCGCAACACAGCAACCAAACCUACAGAGGAUGGCGAUAAUCCCGACUCUAAGAGUGUAGGUUUGUCAAAUUCGAAUCCAAGUGCGAAGGAUUCGUGCCAAGAAAAAGAUUCUUCUAGGACCAGCAACGACACCAUCAUGGAAACAUCGAAGAAAAGCCGGCCUCUAUGCAAACAAAAACAAACUAGCUUCGUCGCCAAGUGGGAGCAUAUGUUCGAGCAGCUUGUGGAGUACAAGAAGAAGCACAACCACACCCUCCUACCGCGGGAUUGUAAGACCAAUCCGAAGCUCGGUCGCUGGGUCGCCAUCCAGCGCCGCAUGCACGCGGAAAAUUCCCUUUUAGUCGAGCGCAAGUCCAAGUUGGAUUCCAUUGGCCUUUCGUGGGACAGGAGGCCAAGGCAAUCUGCACUAUGGAACCGUAUGUACAAGUCCCUGCUCAGGUUUAAGGCCAAGCAUAACAACACCCUAGUCCCACAGGGCGAGGGCAAGCUUGGCCGAUGGGUCCACGCCCAGCGGGUUGCCUACAAGAACAAAACCUUAUCGCAGGAGCGCAUCGCCUUAUUACAGACGAUCGGCUUUGUUUGGGACGUGCAUGGCAUGGCAAACGAACAAAAAGUCUUCACCGAACUCCAACGAAUUUCUCGUUUGUCGAUGGCCUCACUGCUGGCGGAGCAUGCAUCAACGAAUUGCCUUCCAUUAACUUGAUAUUUGGAGUGUGGCAGAAAAUGUUUCUGCAUUUUGUUCCGAUGCUUUUGCAUUUCAAGUUGUGCUCUUCUUUGUUGUACAUAAUUGUAUCCUACACAAAAUAUAAAAACACUUAAAAAAG